AUGGGCCGCAGGAGGGGCGCGCGCGGGCCGGGGGGCGAGGCCCGGCGCGCUGCCGGCCGCUCCCUGGAGGCCUUCGCGGAGGCGGCGGGCGCGGCGCGGCGCGCGUCCGUGGAGCCCCGCGAGGCCGAGGACCGGGGCGACCCGGGCGCCGCGCGGCUGCCCUGCCCGCUGGCCAUGUGGGAGCUGGGCCACUGCGACCCCCGGCGCUGCACCGGCCGCAAGCUGGCCCGCCUGGGGCUGGUGCGCACGCUGCGCCUGGGCCAGCGGUUCGGGGGCCUCGUGCUGAGCCCGGCGGGCUCCCAGUACGUGUCCCCGGCAGACAGACAGCUGGUGGCCCAGGCCGGGGUUGCGGUCAUCGACUGCUCCUGGGCCAGACUGGACGAGACGCCCUUUGGGAAGAUGCGGGGUGGCCACUUGCGGCUGCUGCCCCACCUGGUGGCUGCCAACCCUGUGAACUACGGCCGGCCCUGCAAGCUGUCCUGCGUGGAGGCCUUUGCCGCCACCUUCAGCAUCCUGGACUUUCCUGACCUGGCUGUGGUUUUACUGCGGAAGUUCAAGUGGGGCCACAGCUUUCUGGACCUGAACCGCCAACUCCUGGACACCUACGCGGCCUGCCAGGGCCCCGAGGAGGUGCUGCAGGCGGAGCGGGAGUUCCUGGCCCACGCGCGGGAGCGCCCGGAGGAGGAGAUGGACCCUUUCGACGUGGACUCAGGACGGGAGUUCGCCAACCCCAACAGGCCCGUGGCCGGCCCCCGGCUGCUCCCGGACAGCAGCGACAGUGACGGCGAGGACGGGUCUGAGGGCCCUGGGCCUGAUGCCGAGGACAUGGCAUCCGCAGGGGCCGACCCCCCGGAGCCUGGAGGGGAGUCAGGAAGCUGCAGAGCCUGAAGGUGGAGACAUGUGUAUUUUCCGGGCGAAGCAGCAGGGAGCACGGACACGCAGCGGGUGGGAGGCGGGCGGGCGACUGGGCCCCGGCCCCGCAAUGAAGCUGCAGGCCUGGAGACACGCGUGAUCUGUUUCUUUGCG